GUACGAGGAACUGAAGAUGUUGGCUGGAGGCCUGAAGGCUGAGGCCGACGGGAUGGCCUCCGAGGCAGACGAGGCUUAUCAGGGCAGCCUGGUGCUCCUCAGCUCCCUGUCCCGCCUGACGAAGAUCGACAUCGGGUCCUUUGAGGGGGAGGCGACCCGGCUGAAGCAGGACGCCAGUGCUUUCCUGAGCCUGGUGGACACCUACAUGGCACAGCACAGGCAGCUGCGGAGCCGCGCGGGGCGCUGGGAGGAAGAAAUCAAGCAGCUGCUGCGAAGGGGAGAGGGCGAGAGAGCGACGCUGACACAGCUGCUGUCCCGAGCCAACCUCGCCAGGAGCACAGCCCUGCAAGCCGUGAGUGCUGGCAACGCCACCUUCUACGAGGUGGAACAGAUCCUGAAGAGCCUCCGGGAGUUUAACCUGCAAGCAGAUGACAAGAGAAGGGAAGCUGAAGACGCCAUGAGGAGACUACCAAUUAUCAGCAGCAUGGUCUCAAGUGCCAGGGAGAAGACGGACCGAGCCAAAGCGAUCCUGGGCAGCGCCGCUUCCGAAUCCAAGGCGGCCAGCAGCGCGGCAGGGGAAGCAAAGAAGAUCACCAUGGGGAUCCAGCAGUGGAUCCUGCAGAUACCAGAGUUGGCUGUAGAUGAGUGGGUGUGUGUGGAUCUCUGCAGGCACGUUCGUCCCGAGAUUACGCGGCUGAAGGUGGAAGCCAACAAGACCGCCGAUGGUGUCCUCGCCCUGGAGAAGGCAGUGGCCGCCCUGCAGCGUGAGGCCAAGGAAGUGGAUGGUGAAUUUGAGAGGAAGCUCUCGGAGGUUGAGGCGGAUGCUGCUGUGAUACAGGAGACAGCUCAGGAAGCUCAGAGGGUCCACGCCAAGGCUGGCCAGGCAGGGGUGAUCGUGCAGGAGACGUUGAGUGCCCUGGAAGAGCUGCUGCGUCUGAUGAACCAGCCUGGUGCUGUGGAUGAGGACGGCCUGAAGCAGCUCGAGAUGAAUUUUAGCAAAGCCAAAACCAGAAGCAACCAGCUGAAGGAUGAGAUGUCGGAGCUGGAGCAGACAGCCGCACUGCAGAAGACCCGAGUCCGGACGCUGGAGAGCAGCAUUGAUGAGAUCUUGGCGGAUAUUAAGAACCUGGAGGAUAUCCAGAAGAAUCUUCCUCCAGGCUGCUACAACACAAAAGCCAUUGAAUUGCCAUGA